AUGUCCACUCAAGCUGUCAUGGCCCCUGCGCCUGGGCCGCAGAAAAUCGAGAAGAAGCCCGUCAAGUUCAGCAACCUGCUCCUCGGUGCUGGUCUCAACUUGUUUGAGGUCACCACCCUUGGACAGCCUCUAGAAGUGGUCAAGACGACCAUGGCCGCCCACCGAUCAGACACAUUCGCCGGUGCCAUGACGCGGAUAUGGGGUCGCGGUGGUGUCUUUGGCUUCUACCAAGGUCUCAUCCCAUGGGCCUGGAUCGAAGCCUCCACCAAAGGCGCCGUCCUCCUGUUCGUGGCCUCUGAGGCCGAGUACUACGCGAAGACCUUCGGCGCCGGCAACUUCGUGGCCGGGAUCACGGGCGGUAUGGUCGGCGGGUUGGCCCAAGCCUACGCGACCAUGGGGUUCUGCACAUGCAUGAAGACCGUGGAGAUCACACAGCACAAGAUGGCCGCGCAGGGCAUCAAGCCUCCCUCGACGUUCACCACCUUUGCCGACAUCUACAGAAAAGAAGGCAUCCGGGGGAUCAACAAGGGCGUCAACGCCGUCGCCAUCCGUCAGGUCACCAACUGGGGAUCCCGGUUCGGUCUCUCUAGACUGGCAGAGCAGGGGAUCCGGAAAGUCACGGGCAAAGAGAACGGCGAGAAGAUGAGCGCAUUCGAAAAGAUUCUUGCCAGCGGUCUGGGCGGUGGUCUCUCCGCCUGGAACCAGCCCAUCGAGGUCAUCCGUGUCGAGAUGCAGAGCAAGUCGGCGGAUCCCAACCGGCCGAAGAACUUGACCGUGGGCAAGACGUUAAACUACAUCUACAGCAACAACGGGAUCAAGGGUCUAUAUCGUGGCGUCGCUCCUCGUAUAGGUCUUGGUGUUUGGCAGACCAUUUGCAUGGUUGCGUUGGGUGAUAUUGCAAAGGAGGCCGUUGAGAAACUCACCGGUGAGAAAGUCACCGCGAAGCACUAG